CAGAGAGAGAGGAUCAUGGCCGACAUCUACUAUUAUAUUUUUUGUCGCCUUGUGGCCAUUUUAUACUUACUAACAGGUGUCAGUGGAGACACUUGUUCUCUGUACACCAGAGUGGGAGAUACUGUAAGUCUGUCAUGUACCAAUGUGGUUAAUCAAGACUGCUCCUCAACUACAUGGAACUAUCACAGAACUGGAUUACGGAGUGCUAUUGAAGAGGUUGGACAUGGGAAGAUUAAAACUAACUCAAGGAGAGCAGACAGACUGAAAGUGGCGUCUGACUGUUCUCUACACAUUAGUGCUGUCAGAGCUGAGGAUGCUGGAAAGUACAUCUGUCAACAAUUCCUUAGUAAUGGAUCACAACAUGGAGUGGAUGCUCCUGUUCAUCUGUCUGUUCUAACCAACUCCUUGUCAACACCAGUGACAGAUGUAAAGCCUGAUAGACCAGUAACAUUAAGGUGCUUUCUGUACACAUAUGAUGGACCUGGGAUAUGUUCAGAUGGUGUUACAGAACAAGUUAGUCUCCUCUGGCUGAAUGAGACAAGUAAUAAGCUGGAAAAUUACUCCAGACACCAGGUCACACAAACAUCUGACUGUGACAUCACUCUGACUGUGACUCUCCAGAAGGAGGACAACAACAGGAAGUGGACAUGUCAGCUGAAUAUUAAUGAAAAGGAGAUCUCCAUUGAUUUCACCUUCAUGGUCCCAGGAAUUACAUACUCUACUCAAGGACCAGCCUGGUCACCAACUUCCCCACAUUCUGAAAAAUCUCCCUAUGUAAAUCGGAUGUAUGUGUUUGUGGGAGUGGCUAUGGGAGUGGCUGUGGUAGUGGCUGUUUGUGUUGUAGCUGCUGUCAUCAUAUUACACAGGAGAAAGAAGAAUCAAAUACCAGCUUAUGGAGGCCCUGCCAGAAACAAAGAUUUGGGUCUGACUGCAGUAAACUCUACCAGCCCACCAGCCAAUGAAGACAGGAGUUAACCUGCUGACUGUAUCACCUAUGCCUCCAUCGGACAUAUCGACUGAGAUCCUCCUCAAAACGUUGAUGUAAGUGAAGCUAUAUAGCUAUACAAGGUGAGAAUGCAGUGACCUAUUCUGCAGUUAUGACCUCUACUGACAGAGGAAGAGAGACAGAGAACCCUGCUGACCCCAACUCCCUCUAUUCUACUGUCAAUAAAGGAGCCAUCAAGACAUCAACAUAAGGACUAUAUUUUACAUUUAAAUUUUAGUCCUUUAGCAGACGUUCUGAUCCAGAGCAACUUGUAGUAUGUGCAUACAUUUCAAGUAAGGUGAAACAGCCACACAGCUUAGUAGUGAGUGGAUACUAAUCAGCAAAUUAGUUAUUGGUAGAAGUCAGUGCUGGGAAUUAAAUCGUACACAUUAUACAGGUUUCUGCUCUACUAGUGUAACUGGGUUGAUUAGGUUUCACUGAACAAAUAUGUAAUGAAUGUUCCGGUAUUGUUACUGGCUGGUUUAAGCCAGAUGACAAUAAGGCACAUUCUUAUUGGCCCCGCUUGCACAUCAAGGGAGGUUGCAAACAUCUAAAUCUUUCCCAUCUCAUAUUGCUAUGCAAGUGAUUGGUCCAGUUCCAAAAUACUGCUUUAUUAUUUUAUAUUUACAGUG